AUGAAGACUUUCAUCACACUCACCUGUCUUGUGGCAGCUACUCUUGCCCACUCAAUUGAUACCCGUCAAACAUCCCAAUCUACCAACUUGGACGAGUUAAAUAGUGCGAGGGUCUCAUUUUACACCACAAAAGGGCCUGCUUAUGAGCUUGUGAAUGCCUGCUCUCCCAUUGAUGAUAAGCUACGACUCAUUUCAGACCUUGCACUGAAUGCAGCAAACCAUCAAUCCAACACAGCUAGUCGGGAUAGCAAUUAUGGAAUGUCAUGCAAAAUCUACGGCCCAAGUGGAGAGUUGCUUAUCACUCUAAAUAACGCCAAAGAUCAUCAACCGUUAUCACCAGAUGGGUCCAACUACCCGACGGAUAAGCUUAAAAUGGCCUGCGUGAAGGGUAGGUCGGGGGAAGACAUGGUUCCGAAUGAUGAGAGCAUCUGGGGGGGACAUUCAUUGGUAGCAUUAGAUGAGUGUUAG